AAGAAGAAGUAGGGGGAAAAAUCCAAAAUGGCGGCUGAGCGACAAUGAAGCGAAAACAAAGUUUUCUGGAAAUUUCCGUCUAGGAUUUAAAACGUUGUGCGAAUAAUUUAGCAGUUAAGUUGUGUUUUUGGUGUAGUUUAGUUGUUUGAGAGGUUUAGGGAGUUGAAAUUUGUAAAAACAAUCAGUUUUGGGAUUUUUGAACAUUUUUUGGACGCCGACUUCGGGGUUUUUUUGUGUGUGUUUGUUAAACCUGAUAAAGACAUUCAAGAAAUAACCGGCGAGUAGUGAUAGUAGUAGUAAUAAUAACAGACGCUUUGGGAAAAGCAGAAAAAGACUCAAAAGUGCAGCAUGGAGGAGAAAGUGAGCAGCAGGGAGAGCAGCAGCGGCAGCGAGUCGAGCAGCGGGCCCUCUUCCCCCGCCAGCCCCGGCUCCGAAGCGGCCAAAGCGGGCAGCUGUAGCAGCAGCGCCGCCGGAGGAGGAGGAGGAAACGCCUUCGCCAACGACGGCAGCUUCAUGGAGCUGUUCAAGAAGAAGAUGGAGGAGGAGCGGCGGAGAAAGGAGCUGGAGGAGGCGGGCAACGGGCAGGCGACUGAGGACAAGAAGCCCGUUAGCGUGGCCAGCUUUGUGGGCAAGCGCAGAGGAGGCGCCAAGCUGGCACUCAAGACUGGAGUGGUGGCCAAGAAGCAGAAACCUGACUCGGAGGCUGAGACUGGUAAAGGAGACGCCUGGUCUAAGUACAUGGCUGAGGUAAAAAAGUACAAAGCUCACCAGUGUGGAGACGACGACAAAACCAGACCUCUGGUCAAAUAGACUGUGGCUGAACGGCGUGCGACACGACGUCCGACACACACACACAGCCCUGUGCUUCUCUUCUUAUCCUUGCCUAUUUUCUCUACUUUUCCUCUUUUUGUUUAUAGGUUUCCAGUUUUAGUGUAUCCAUCCUGUGCAGUGUGUCAGGUGAUCCAGAUACUUUUUAAAAAACACGUCAUUGAGUAUCAUCAUGAUUAACAUCAGGGUUGAUGAUAGAGAGAGGUACUCUGUGGUGUGUUGAAGUAUCCAGAAUGUCUUUUUUUUUUGCUUGAUUAUAUAUAUUUUUUUGUUUCUUGGUAAUCGAUGAAAUCAGUCACUUAAAAAAAAAAAUUAAAAUGCUAAGCUUGGAGUAGAGUGGCGGCCAGCCAGAACUUUAUCUUUUGUGUUCCUCAUUGGUGCUAACUUACACAAAUGAUUCAGUCAAUGAAAGUGAUUCACUGAAUCAUUUUCAGUCACAAGGAAUCAGUAUAUAAAUCACAAAUACACCACACUGUGAUGUUUGGGAAUCGUUUAUAUGUUCGUUGAUUUUACUGGUUACUCAUCAUGUGCAGAUUUUUUUUUUUUUUUUAAACAGUUUGAAGCUACAAAUUAAAAUGCUUUGUUUCAGACACCUGAUAAACGUUAAACCAUUUCAGUGUGUAAGUACAGGCUAAUUAAUUUCCAGCUUGUUGGGAGAAAUUAAUUUACUUUAGUCUCAAAAAAAGUGUCUAAUUAGUAAAAAUAUAAACCAAAUGGUGAUCAUCAGUCAGGAUUGUUGUAAUUUUCACAGACUCAGGAGAGACUGAAAACUAUCUGAUGAGCCCCACCCACUUGAUAUCAACCUUGGAGAAAUUGUAGGUGUACAUAGAGCAGGGGUGUCAACCAUACAGCCUGAUUGAUUAAAGUUCUAGUCCCACCCAGUAAUUGAAUUUCCAGUCUCGUACAGUGAUCUUGGGCUGCAAGGGGCUACGUGUCAUUUUUAAAUGGCUCUCUUUUUCGUUUACAGUUAUGGUUCUCAGAGUGGGGUUCUUGGCUCAAUGAAGUAAGGUCAAGGGGUUGCUGAAUUGCAUUCUUUAUUCUUCUUGUUUACUGUAAUCUGUAACUCGCCAACAAUUUUUAAUAAAAUGAAUUCUGUGGGUGUAAAGGUUGGGGGGGGGGCAUCUCCAAUAAACAGACAAAAUAUAUGUA